AUGAUAGUUCCCGGCCAUACGACCCAAGUGGACUUCCACAGUUCCGGCCUCACCAUUCUCAAGCGAGAGCUUCUUGAAGGCGCUUUCCGUCUUCAGACAGCCGACUUCUCCGAAAACUUUCUUAAAAAUUUGCCCUUUGACUUAUUUGUCAAAAACCAGAUCAUCUCGGAAAUCAACCUUUCGAAAAAUCAGAUUCAUUCUGUUCCACCGCGACUCUUCCUUGGACUCAACCAGUUGAAAUCGAUUGAUCUUAGUCACAACCAAAUCACUACUCUCAACAAACUUCUAUUCAAAGACGCCAAUUCAGUCACACAUCUGGAUCUUUCUAACAACAGACUUCUCUCAAUAACGCGUGUUACGCUGAUGAACAUGAUAAAUCUGCAGAGCCUGGAUCUAUCAAGCAACCGGUUCCGCGAUCUAAGCCCGCUGAAGUUUGACGGGAAGCAGUUGGAGAGCAUCAAGUUGGACCAUAACAACCUGGACAAGCUCUCGAUGACCAUGUUCAAGUAUUUGGACAAUGUCAAGACUUUCUCGGCGCGCGGAAACCGACUGGAAGCAAUUCCCUCUUUUAUUUCGAACAAGCUUCCUUCUGCCAUUGCGAUGGAUUUCGGGGAGGCGCAAAACAAAAUUUCGGAGAUAAAAGAAGACCAGUUCAAAAACGCGACACGGCUGAAGCGGCUCUUUAUGGAAGACAACGCCAUCAAGGAUAUCCCAGAAAGCGCCUUUGGCGAGUGCGAAACGUUGGUAUUCCUUGACUUUCGAAGAAAUAGGUUCAAACGCGUCAAGAAUGACUGGAUCAAGAAGUGCGCUAAUUUGACACACGUGUUCUUCGGCCAGAACGACAUCCAGGAAGUGCCGAAAGCCUUGUUCAACCCGCACGAAAAUCUCCGCACCUUCGAUCUGAGCAACAAUCGCAUCAAGAAGCUGCCGGUCGAGUUCGCCGAGGAGAACCAGGACCUGGCCCACAUUUUUCUUCAAAAUAAUUUGAUCAAACGGCUUCCAACGCACCUUUUCUAUGGCUCAGAGAGGCUCAAGUCAAUCGACUUGGCGAAUAACCGGUUAUUGACAGUCGGAAACGUGCUGCCCCGCGACCUCAAUAUUCGCCCGGAUCACGUCAACCUCAUCAAUCUAUCCAGGAACAAGAACGUCGGCGAGGAGCUCAACAAGCGCUGGGCCGGCUACGACUCCUGGCACUACAAGAGCGGCGCCGUGUUGCAUCCCGUCGAAGACCCCAUGACCGCUUUCGAGAACGCACUCAAGGAGUCCAGUCACCACUUACGAUCGCUAAAUCCCACUGGUGGCCUCGUUGAGCGCUUCGGCUUUACGCCUUUCGAAGACGACCAGGAAGAAGCUGGAGCUCUUGGACUUCGUCGCGCGCUCGACAAUCUUUCUGGCACUUCGUUCGGAAGCUCCGCGCUGCCGGAGAACGAGCUCUAG